AUGACGACGACUAAUCGUCUCCCGUUUCCGAUUAACCUGAAACUCAUUCUCUCUAGCUUCGCCUCUCUCGUUGUAAUCACUCUCUUCUUCAUCACCAGAACCGAUUUCUCACCGUCUUCAUUUCAGCCGACGCCGGACAACACUCUCCGGAUCUCCACUUCCUCCACCGGAAGUAAAUCACAGGGAACAGAAUCCGUUAACUGCGGUAAGAUCCCUCCUUCCCUCGCCGACGCUCUGGUCCACUACGCCGCCUCCAAUGUCACUCCUCAGCAAACACUCUCUGAAAUCUCCGUCACCAAGAAGGUGUUAGAGAAGAAAUCGCCGUGCAAUUUUCUGGUGUUUGGUCUAGGCCACGACAGCUUGAUGUGGGCGUCGUUAAACCACGGUGGAAGAACAAUUUUCUUAGAAGAGGACGAGUCAUGGAUCCGUCAAAUAUCCGAGAAAUUUCCGUCUCUGGAGUCGUACCACGUCCGGUACGAGACUAAGGUAAAAGACGCGGCGGCUCUGAUGGCGGCGACGAGAGACAGAGAAGAGUGCCGUCUUGUGUCGACGGAUCUUAGGGUUUCUAAGUGCGUGCUGGCGCUGAAGAUCUUACCGGAGAUGGUUUACGAGACAGAGUGGGAUUUAAUCAUGGUGGAUGCUCCUACGGGGUUUCACGACGAAGCUCCGGGGAGGAUGUCGGCGAUAUAUACCGCGGGGAUGAUCGCGAGGAGACGGGGGAAAGGAGAGACGACGGCUGUUUUUGUGCACGAUGUGGAUAGGAAGGUGGAAGAUGAGUUCUCUAUGGCGUUUCUAUGCAAAGAUUACUUGACGGAGCAAGAGGGACGGCUCCGCCAUUUCACGGUGCCUAGUCACCGGAACCAGGAUCUCUCCGGCGGAAAACUUUGUCCCAAUUAA